CUAAUAUAUCUUCAUUUUUCUUUCAUGUGCUACAUGCAAAGAGAAGAAACUCAAGAAGAAAAUGAAGAAAAGAAACUCGAGAAAGGACUCAAUUGAAGGAAUCAAAAGUUUAAGGGUGAAAUUUAUCAAAUUCACAAAGCCAACACUAACCCAUUUCAAUUGAGCCCAUUAAAUUAUCCAAACCCAAUUACCCAAAACCCAAAUACUCAAACCCAAUUACCCAAAACCCAAAUACCAAACCCAAAGCCCAAAACAAAAAAAGAAAGAGAUUAGAUCCUUUACUCUCCAGAACCUUCUUCUUCCCCACACACCCCGACCUUCUCCCUGCACACCCGAACCAGCCUUUCUUCCUCACACCUGAACCCUGCUCUACAGAUCCCCUGCUGCUGCAUGUUGCGCCUGCGCCCCUGCUCCCUGCUCUGUGCUCAAAUCCCCUUGCUUUGCGCCAACCCCUUGCUCUGCACCAAAUCUCCUGCACUCUGCGCACCGGCAAUCAUGCCUCCUGCACGCCUACACGCCCUACCCCCUGCGCGCAUGCACCCUCCUCUACCAGAGCCCAGAUCUGCACUCAUCACCCCUCUACGCGAGCCGAUCUGCACUCAUCACCUCCCCUCUUCCUUGAACCAAUCACCUGUGCCCCAAUCGUGCAAUCCCCGGCUGCAACGCAAUCUUGCAACCCGAUCUUGUACCUGCUCUGGUUGUCCGAUUCUCCUUGGCACCUUGUCUCGUUCUUCAACAAGAUGAAGCUCGGUCCUUUGCUUUGGCGGGUAUAAAUAGAGGGUU